AUGACCCCCACUCCCAACAACACCCGUCCCGACAAUGUCGGCAUCCUGGCCAUGGACGUCUAUUUCCCUCGGCGAUGUAUCGACGAGAGUGAACUAGAAAAAUUUGAUGGGGUGGCUUCCGGCAAGUACACCAUCGGCCUCGGUCAAGAGCACAUGGCCUACUGUGAUGACCGAGAAGAUAUCAACAGCUUCCUUUUGACCGUCACCCGGUCUCUGUUGACCAAGUACAACAUUGACCCACGAUCGAUCGGACGAAUCGAUGUGGGAACGGAGUCGAUCAUCGACAAGUCCAAGUCAGUCAAGACCAUUCUCAUGGAUCUUUUCGCGGCCUCCGGGAACACGGACAUCGAGGGUGUCGACUCGAAGAAUGCAUGCUAUGGUGGUACCGCCGCUCUCUUCAAUGUCAUCAACUGGGUCGAGAGUCGAAGCUGGGACGGCCGCUACGGCUUGGUCGUCGCCGGUGAUAUCGCUGUUUACGCCGAUGGACCUGCCAGGCCCGUCGGUGGCGCAGGUGCUGUAGCUAUGCUCAUCGGCCCCAAUGCGCCCAUGGUUUUCCACCCUGUCCAUGGAACCCACAUGACCAACUGCUGGGACUUCUACAAGCCCGCAUUGGCUUCCGAAUUCCCCGAGGUCGAUGGCCCGCUCACUCUGACUGCCUACUUAUCAGCUCUUGACAACGUUUAUGAUCGGUUCCGGGAAAAGAACGCUCAACCCGGCCGCAUGAUCGCCAACGGCUCAAGCGAUUCCAAAGCCAAUACCAGUCUCGAGUCUUUCGACUUUGUCGCUUUCCAUGGCCCUUACGGAAAACUCGUUCAAAAGGCCACUGCACGAUUGUUAUACCUGGACUUCUGCAGCAACCCAGAGAAGCCGGAAUUUGCUUCUGUAGACAAGGCCUUACUCUCAAUCCCAAGAGCCAAGAGUUACAACAACAAAGAGAUCGAAAAGACAUUUGUCAAGCUCAGUGAAGCGAUCUACAAAGCCAAGGUGGUGCCUACGACGCAAUGCAUGAAGAGACUCGGAAACAUGUACACAGCUUCGCUCUACGGCGCAUUAGGAUCGCUGAUCGACUCGGUUGGAGCUUCGGAGGAUGUGGUGGGGAAGAAGGUGGCCAUGUUCAGCUACGGCAGUGGCCUUGCCUCCAGUUUCUUCCAAAUUGAGUUCCGAGGCGACGUCAAAGAGAUGCGAGAGAAGAUCGACUUGAAGGCCCGGCUCGCCUCCAUGACUGUCAGCCCGUGUGCUGAGUGGAUCGAGGCAUUAAAAGUUCGAGAAGAGAAACAUAACAUCAACAAUUAUACCCCCGAAGGCGAGGUCCAAAAACUGUGGCCUGGCCAGAUCUAUCUUGAGAAUGUUGACAAGAGCUGGAGAAGGACUUACCGAACCGCUUAG